AUGGCAGAGUGCUCAUCAGCAACACAUAACGAGCACACAUGGGAUGAAUGUUUGCGCAAAGACAUUUUGCACCAGUUGGAAACAAGAUUUUCGCCAGAGUAUGCUCGUCAAUUAAUGGUAACUGCAGCAAACUAUAGUGGUGAAUCCAUCGAAAAAAUUUUCCGACUAAAGCGCGAGGAAAUAUCAAACGAGUUUGAAAUGAACCUCAGGAAACAAUGUGGAGAUCAUGCAAUCAACGCACAGACAUCGAAAGAGGUUUUUAGUUUUUUGCAUGAACAACUAGAUAGGAGGUUUCAAGUAUGGAAGGCAGUGGCAACUUCGUCAGCUGAGAUGGAUAAAUUCACUCGAACAGUACGCGACGCUGAAAUCGAAUUAAAACAACGUUUAGAUGAAACUUGUAAACUCACCACACGAAUGAAUCCGCUGCAGAGCGAAACGCUAGCGAUUAGUAAUUUUGAAAAUAUUUGGAAUAAGCAGUUCGCUCAAAUUCAGGCACUUUUUAGUCGACCAACUCGGUGGCAACAAAUAUUCAUUUUAAUUUGCAGUCUCUAUCAAACGUUUAACAAUAUUGCGUCAACGGAUCUGAAUAAAACACUCCACAAAGUAUUAUUGUGUUUGGAUAUGGAUUCUUUAAAUGACUGCAAGUGUCCUACUGAAAAACUAUACUCAUUGCGGGAUAUGUUUUUGUGCGUGGUAUCCGAUGUAAAACCUAUUGUUCCAGAACCGUUCGAGAGCCAACGGAAAAAGAUCGACUACGAUCAUUUAAGUAGUUUUAUGUAUCUUGAUCGCCAAGAAUUACUGAAUAUCUGGUUAGAUGAAGCAAAAUUGAAACCUACUGGCGAACAGAAUAUUAUGGAACAGAAGUAUCAACGAAUAUGUGAGAAAAUUAUUCAAGAAUGGCCUUUGUUUAUUCAGACGUUUCAAAUAUUUGAAGAUCUUAUGAAACAAUUCGGAGCAUCUUUCUCAUCAAGAUCUAAAAAUGACUUGACACUAGACGCGUUAUUCAUACAAGAAAUAUCCGCAAUAUUACACUCAGUGCUUAAACAAGCUGACUCAGAGUUCAACACUUUUCAGUUACGUAUGUCCAACGAUUUACUCGAUAUUCUACAUGCCUUCACCAUGACUUCAAUCGCAUUAUUCUAUCACACACAACAGACAAGAUACUUUGAUGUAUUAGUUCAAAAUGUUCAACGUGAUCGCGAGCUUAUGCUAGGCUAUUUUCUGCGUAUAACUCUGCCGACACUAGAUGGCACUGCAAAUGUUGCAAAGCAUUUUCUGAGCGAUAUAUGCUCUUGUUUGAAACAAUCAUUUGAAACAGAAAUUAAAAAGAUUACCGAGACAGAGAUCGCGAAAGAAACGACUGAUUUCAAUCGAGCGAGAUUUGCGAAAAAUAUCGAAGAAAAAAUCAAAUUGCACAACCGCGAUUGGUUGAUGCGCUACAUUACCUGUCCAGUCGAUUUACUGAAUGAGUGGCUGGAUCAACGAUCGAUGUCGUUCAAACACACCAUGGAGCGCCACAUCGAUUAUAUGAAAAGCGAAUACUGUGAACUGAUAGAUGAACUCGCUCGCAUAGGUGUAACUAUCAAUCGACUCUUACAGUCUAAGGAUGUAGAUUCUACUACUGUCAUUGACUCACUUUUCGAAACGUCAAGCGAUAUAAAGACGGAAAGCAUACAAAAUAAGCGGUUUUGUAUGGCUCUUUUAGUAUUUCAACAUCUGUCAGGACAGGAAAUCUUAAAUGAAAUAAAAUAUGCAAGUGGUUCUUCUUGCCGAGUAAAUCCCAAAUGGCACGAAAUUCUACGAUUACCGUCGAUAUCCAGCGAUACACUGAAGCAAGCAUUUCGAUCGAUCAGCUGGAAGUUUGAAGUAUAUGCUGCCUGGGAAAUUGACCAGCUUCUUGCCAAGAUCAGUCAACAAGCAACGGAGGCUAAAAGUUUACUAGCAAAAUAUAUCGAUGAUUUCAAGAAAGAAAUAGUUUGUCUUGUCCAACGACAAUUACGGUACAAACAACAAGGUUGUAUAAUUCAAUGUCCUGGCUGUCAACGUUUGUGUGACAUUGAUCAUAGCCUGUACAAAUUUCUUCCUAUUGGACAGCAUGAAAAUCGACAUUGUUGUAUGCCUAAUCAUCACAUACAAGCCAUGGGCGGUUGGCGUCAUGCAAAGACCAACGAAGCGUGUGUGACAUCUUGUGAGCAGACAGACAACAAAUGUAUUAUAAUCGAUCAACAAAGCAUGAUUCAACAGAACUGGGGAGACUUCAAGAAAAAGCACCGCGAUUGGAAUUUCGAUGACGCACAGCUUCGAAUAAAUGAAAAUAACACUACAAUAUAUAUUUGGAAGAUGAUCGGGGAACAGCUAUGUGAAUAUUAUGGCAACACAAUGAAAUUUGUGACGUUCGAGCAAUCACUAAUACCAGAUCAUGUCUUUAUUAUAUACGGACAUUCGACUGAUUUGAACGUAGAAGACAAUAGUCCCUCGCAGUAUUUCCUGCGAAAAAUUGUCAAGAGAUUAUCUCAAUUGUUCACCAAUGAUGAUGAAAGGUGGUCUAAUAUUGAGCAGGAUCUGUCAAUUAGUAUUGCAGCAUUUAUCUCCCUUAUCAAACAAGUCGAUCCAACCAUUCGAACAACAAUGAUUGUCAAUGACUCAAGCGCGACAGCUGGUAGUAGAGCGGUACAACUAGAAGGACUUGAUAGUGCCGGAAUCAGCGAUCUACUUAGAAACUGUUGCCGAUCAAUCGAUUUUAAUGGAGCAUCGACUCUUAUUGAUGACAUAAUAAACAAAACUCAAAUUGAUUCUCAACUGAAUCGCUCAUCGCGUACAGUUAUAUUGUUGACCUACGGAAAAUCUACAACGUUACCACUUCCGCGCUUAUUACCUUUGACUAAUGAUUUUCACUCAAAACUAACUAGCUUUUGGAUUAUCGCGCUCGAUAACACUAACACCGAACCCGUAGUAAAGAUUCAACAUAUUAGAUCAGGAGAAACUAUUCUUAUUGAUGAAUCAAGUGAUCUACAAGUUGCGUUCGAAAGAAUUGUGAAUGAUUGGAAAUCAAAGACGUCGACUUCGUUAUUUGAUAAUGUAUCUGAGAACUAUUCAACAGUAUUGUUAGGAGAUCAACUGUUGCCAAGAAUUUCAACGGAAAGUUCGUAUAUGCUGGACGACGCAUCGAAAAAUACCAGCCAUCUAUCCACUCAAAAAAGCACCACAUAUGCGGAGACCAUAGAUUUCGAUUGUAUUUCUAUUCCGUGUAUUCCAGAAGACUAUAUUUACCACGAAAUUUAUGACGUACCUCUUCCAUGUCAACGAAAGCAUGUUCUACCCGAUGUUUUGGCAGCAAUAGGUCAACAAGCAGCUACUACUGACACGACUGAGAGAAAUACAUUAUUUAUUCCACUACCUGUCCUAUCUCAACGUUCAAUUGAUCAUCUACCUACGAUUAGAAUCCACUUACAAAUGGAGCCGAAUGUAUUUGAUUGUGAUGAAUUUCUCAAUUGUUUAGCUCAAGAUCUUAGCAUCGAUUGUAACCAUCUUGUUAUUGUUGAAGCUAAACAAGGCACUGUCAGUCUGACGAUUAAGUUGUCCUGGGACAUAACCAUUGAUAGAGAGAAAGUCGACGAUAUCCAAGAAAAAUUAGUGUCUAUGAAUAUCCCAAUUACCACACGCUUUGCUGCCAUUAAACUUAAACAAGAAAGGUCAAACGGGCCAAUUUCUUCACGACAAAAUAUUCUUGUACAACUGGAAAAGUUUAACCGAAUAGACGCGAAUGCUAUUCGACUUACCCCAGAGACUAUUGCUACUAGUCUUCAGAUGAGCAGAUUAAGGAACGUACAAGAUCAAACUCAAUUUCAAUUUCUUCAAGCGAAGAGUCAACAAAUUGCUAAUUGUCUGAUGCACGCUUUUCAAGAAUGUGCAUUCGAAUACACACUGGAAAAUGCACUACUAAUCUGUAACAUAGAGUUGUUGAAUCAAUACAAAGCGAAAUAUGGCAAAGAAGAACAUACUGAAAAGAUUCUGUUUCAUGGUACAAGAAAAGAAAAUUUUCAAGGAAUAUUUCAAAGAAACUUUCAAUACGAAGGUAUCAAUGUUCAACGAUCAGACGAUGGUUGGUUUGGAAAAGGAAUCUAUUUUAGUAGUUCACCUAGAAAAGCAUUACAAUAUGCCAAAUCUUGGAAAUUCGAAGAGUUUGCCUGGAUCAUUUGUUGUGUAGUGGUGACUGGAAAGUCCUUGACAAUAACUAAUAUGGAUUAUAAAGGCAAAAAUAUGCAUCGUGAUUAUGAUAGUCAUUAUGUUCGCACGAAACAUAAUGGCGAUCCAGUUACUUCUAAAAACGAACCAUUUUACGAGGAAUUUGUCAUAAAAAAUAAUGACCGCAUUCUGCCUCUGUUUACUGUUGCUUUACGACGUGCUUAUCGAUGUGCAAUAUGGCGUGAUAUGAAUAUUGAAAGUGAAUCGAAUACAGCCUUUCUAUUUGAUUUUCGACUUGGCUCCCCAUUUAAUAUUUAUUCGGUAACAAAAAGCGAGAAUGCAUUCAAAAUUCUAGAAGCAAAACGCUCUAAAAACGAGAUCAGAUGUGUUGUCAUUACAAAUGGCGCAGAUGACGGUGAACAAUUUGUCAGCAGAUGUCGAAGACAAUAUCCAGAUAUCCAAGUGGCUGUCUUUUGUAAGAAGAAGGAUUAUCACAAACAGUGGACACAGAAGUUAGCUGAACCAGAGAUUUUAGUUACUGGUAAUGCAAAAGAAGUUUUACAGUAUAUCAAGGAUACGUUGAAAUAG